AUGGUCCGAAAAGCUACUCACAUCGAGGCCAAGUCCUCUACCUUUACCCAGCUCCUGCCCCUCCUCAUCCUCCUGGCCAUCCUCGGCGGCGUCGCCUUCGUCGGGUACCAGAUCUACCUCAGCGCGACCAAGAUCCGCGACAACGCCGAGGCCCGCAUGGCCAAGAAGAACGUCGUCUUCACCAAGGACGGCCUCCGCGUCGGCGUCAAGCACGUCGAGCAGGAGAAGUACGUCGACGCCACCCAGAGCUGGGUCGUCAAGGCCUGGAACAUGGGAAGCCAUAAUCCGCCUGCCGUCAAGAGAAAAUAG